UGGCGGUGAGAGGGCCCGGCGCGGCGGCGCUGGCGCGCGCGGGAAGACGCAGUGAGCGGCGGUGGCGGCGGAAGCGCCGCGCUCAGCCCAGUCGCUCCCGCGGGCUGCAGCUGAGGGAAAAGAGCCGGAGCGCCGCUUCUGUGAGGCGCAGCUGAGGAUCCUCGGGGUAAGGAUCCUUUCGUGUGAAGAUGCCGCUUUUUGGGAAAAUUGUUAUCAUUAAACGGAAUGGGACGGACGGCAUUUAUUUUCCACUCACUGCCAGCUCGUGUUUAUUUGGAAGGAGAGCAGAAUGUGAUAUUCGCAUCCACUUGCCUCAGGUCUCAAAAGAACACUGUAAAAUUGAAGUAAAUGAGAACAAGGAGGCAAUAUUGACUAAUUUAAGUACAGUAAAUCCCACUCAGCUGAAUGGUGGUUAUUUCCAGCAGCCUGUACCUCUGAAACACGGGGAUGUGCUAACUAUUAUUGAUCGUUCUUUCAGAUUUGAAUAUCCUCUCCAAUCAACUCCAAAGAAGAGACAAUCUAGAUCUCCAAAGGAUGAAGCACUGCAGGUUCUUCAUGUUCAGCAGGUGGCAGAAGCGGAGCUGUUACGCAAACAAACUUCAGGACCUAAAAGUCUUUGUUCUUCAGAUAAUGCUGAGUGCAAAGAACAAAACACCGAUGAAAAUAAACAAAGCACAGAGGAAAACCGUUCAAAAGCCAUACCAGCUAAGCUACAAGCACUCAAUUCUUGCAAAAUACAAGAACCUGCUAUAAAGGAAAAUGAAAUGUCUCCUUUUAGUAAACUCUAUGAAAAGCUGAAACAUGAGGUUAAAGGGAGAAGACUUCUACAAGAAGGAAACUUACUUCAAAAAACUGGAGAAGAAGAUGGGAAGAGUGUUCUGCUAGAACCAAAUGCUCAAAUUUCACCAAGUUGUGUUUAUGAAUUGGGAAGCACAACUAAAGGAAAAAGAGUAGAUGUAAAGGAAAAUACUGAAGAAUGUAAAAUUAAUCAAGAUGUAAUUAAUUCAGAGUUGAGUCAGAGCUCAACUGUAGGAAAUGCUACCAGGAAGAGUCUUACAAAAACUCCUCAAAAUUCUGUUUCAAAGGAGAUGACAGAAGAUAAUGGCAAGGGAAGUCAUCUGCAAGAUCGUAAGGAGUUAAGUGCAUCAGGGAAAUUGAGGGGUCCUGAAGUUACACCCAAGCCCCGUAAGGAGAGCAGUGGGAAUGCAGCACGUUCACUGAAACCGUGCUUGAGUUAUGCAGAUAAAAUCGACACCUCUGCAGUAGUAUUAGAGAAACUAACACAAGCAGCUAACGUGACAAAUGUUUCAGAAGGCGAUAAAUGUGUUCUGUCUACACCAAGGCCCAGAAGGAAGAGCCUUCGGUCUGGCUUCAUGUCACCUGCCAAAGAAGUGUGUGGUAAAGAAUCUGUAAGUAUUGGGACUCCAGCAACUCGAGGAGAUGUGUUGGUCAAACAUGAGUCUUUUUUAUCAAUUUCAGCUGAUACACAAGGGGAAGUUGCAGUGUGCAGAGAUGAUAGCCUCCGACAACUGCCUUUGGCAGAAAAUAAAUGCUUAAAACAGAGGCGAAAUAGUAAACAACAAACACCAGGAAAAUCAGCGAAAGAAGAGACGCUGACAGAGAUUUGUGAUCAGACAAUUGUUAACUUGAAAAAGAGAAAUUCUGGGUCUCCUGCAGCAUCUAAGAGUCCCAGAAGAAAAAGCAGGCAAAGUAAUGAGUUAACAAACAAAAGUGUCCAUUCAGAAACAUCAACUUCAGAAGAGUUCACAUCAGAGCUGGCAUCUGCUAGUCAGAAAUCUGGCUCUGGAAGAAAAAGGGGAAGGCCGAGGACCUCUGGGCAAUUAGCUGAAAAAGCAUUGGAGGCGAAUACAGUUCAAGAACAUCAUGAUGAGACUGCAGACAGAAAAGACAGUGAAGCUAACCAAGAGCUGGCCAACGAGGGGUGUCAAAAGAAAUUGGAUUUAGCAGAUGUCCGUAUUCUAAGACCUCAUAGAUUAUCAUCCAAAAGGUCUUCUGGAAGUGCUACUGUACCAAAAGAGAAUGAGACUCCUUCAGAAAGAAAUACUUCUGGCCUGUCAACUGAGGAGCAACCAGAUAAAAGGAAAUCUCAGAAGAGGACAAGUGGUGAUUUGUUACCUCAGCCUUUAGGAAAAAGAAAGAGAGUGUCUUUUGGUGGUCAUCUGAGUCCAGAACUCUUUGAUAAAAGCUUGCCUCCCAACUCACCCAUUAAAAAAGGUGCCGUUCCCGCAAGGCUGAGCUUACCAUUUGGAAACUCACCACGGGCAGUCCUGAAAAAGGGCCAGGGACUGAAGCACUUUGCAAUGCAGGAACUUAGUGUACAUUUGCAGAAAGAAAAAAUGUCACCGAGAAGUGUGUCGGCACAGAAGUCCCCACCUGGCUCAUCCUCUGCUUCUGGAAAAGCAACACCAACAUUUACUUUAAGCUCUCCACCUUACACAAAAGGACGUUUCUCUGUUUCUCAAAUAACAACUCCAUCCCCCACUGCAGAAGAGCAGAAUACAGGUGUGAAAGAUAUGAGUACAAAGGAAGAAAACGCUGGCCAAGUGCAAACACCUAAAUCUGCUCAUGUUAAAGAAGAUGGGAAGUCCUUUUUGAUGACUACACCUAACAAAUUAACCAGAAGAUCACAACAUGCUUUGAAGAAGACUCCCAUGAAGAGAAGAAGUGGGGCUGUGGCAGUACUCAGUGCGAAAAGAAGAAGUGGUGCUUCUAGUGCCAAUUUACUAGUUGCAAAAACUUGGGCAGAAGUGGUUAAAUUAGGUGUUGCAAGACCACAGGCAAAGGCUGUCAAAAAAUGUGUUCAGAAAGGAAGACCAGCAAGGAAAAUCACACGCUCACCAAAGACACCAGAAAGAAAAAUAAAAGGUCAUUUUAGUACAGGUCAUGCAGAGUCUCCUGCUACAAUAGUUGUGGGUAGAGCUUACUCCACCACAGUUCAAACAGCUGGGAAGGUCCCUAAAGUGGUAAAAAAUCCGAUCUUGAAACAGAACAUGAGUAUGGAUGAAAACUUCACAGGACUGACCGAGAUGUUUCAAACACCAGAUAAUAAGGGUGGAAAAACCUUAGCUUUGACCACUGCUCAUGAUUUUACACCAACAUUCACUACAAUGGAGAUUUCUGAUCUGCAAACUCCUGAAGAAUCUGGAGAGAUGAUGGUGUCGCCAUUAAAUGGUUCAGACGUUUCAGAACAGAAACAGGAUAUUCAAGACAUCUCUUACUUUCUGAGAGGGAGAGAGUCUCUAAAGUCUGUGUUUGAUGCAGUAUCCACCGAAACUCCUGAAAAGAGAAAAAGUAUGCUGAAAGAAGAUACUGGCAUGGAUAGUGUGUCAGUAAAUCCAGAGAAACAAGCAUCUCAAAUGAGGUCACCAAAUAAAAGGAAAACUCCAAAUCAGAAGUUGGAGUCAGUUGAAGUUGUAUCAAGCAUCAAGCAGCCUCUAAAGACCCCAAAACAGAAGUUAGAGCCUGUAGAGUCCUUGUCAGGCAUUAAGCAGCUCAUGAAGACACCAAAACAGAAGUCAGAACCGACGGAGGUCCUGUCAGCCAUCAAGCAGCUCUUGAGGACCCCGAAGCAGAAGUUGGAGCCAGCAGAGGUACUGUCGGGCAUCAAGCAGCUCAUGAAGACACCAAAGCAGAAGUUAGAGCCAGUGGAGGCCUUGUCAGGCAUCAAACAGCUUUUGAAGACCCCAAAGCAGAAGUCAGAACCAGCAGAUGUCCUGUCAGACAUCAAGAAACUUUUGAGAACCCCAAAGCAAAAGUCAGAACCAGCAGAGGUUCUAUCAGGCAUCAAGCAGCUUUUGAGGACUCCGAAGCAGAAGUCGGAACCAGCAGAGGCCCUGUCAGGCAUCAAGCAGCUCAUGAAGACCCCAAAGCAGAAGUUAGAGCCUGUGGAGUCCUUGUCGGGCAUCAAGCAGCUCAUGAAGACCCCAGAAGAAAAGCUGAAGCCAGCAGAGGUUGUAUUAGGCCCACAGCAAAAGUCAAAACCUAUUACAGAUGAAAACGCCUCUGAAAAAUUGCUGGAGACUCCAAUACAAAAAAAAGAAGUAUUAACAGAUGUGUCAAGAGUUAAUUUAAUUAAGAAAACUCCAAAAUUGAAAUCCCAACCGGUAGAAGACAUGAUUGGAAUCAGCCGUAUUUUCAAGACACCAAAGGAAAAAGUUAAACCCAUAGAAGAUGUAUUUGGUAUUAGUAGAUUAAUGAAGACUCCCAGAGAGAAAUCUCACCCAGUUGAUGAUUUUGUGGGUCUGAGCAGGCUGAUGGCAGAACCCAGACAGAAAAAUACUGCGUUUGAAGUGGAUUACAUUGGAGUGAAGGAAAUAUUUGAUACACCAGAGAAAACAAAGGUCAAGUCAGUAAGUGUUACUGAUCCUAAGCAAGAAGAUACUGUACAUCCUUCUACUAAUUGCAGUCCUGAACAUGAAGGCAAACAAAAUACUUCAGAAGGUAAAGAUUCUCAACGGAGGAAGUCAACUAGUGAAGACCAGUCUACCCAGAGACCAACCAGGGGCAGAUUGAGGAAGACUGUACAUCUUGCUUCAGUAAAGCAGACUGAAAAGGAUUUAAAUUUACAAGAAUUGCAAGGAUUGGAGAAAAAGAGCUUCCAAGAAGAGGCGGGAGAGGUCAGAACUUCAACUUCAGUAGCUAAAAGUCUAGGAAGAGGAAGGAGAACAAAUGCUUGUGUGGUAGAAGAAAACAUUUCAAAACAUAAUGAUGAGAAAAAAGUUGAAGCUGUUUCAACUUUGGGAAUGCGUGUUGCUACUCAAAGACCCAGAAGAGGUAAAAGGAAAGAAGCAGAGGAGUUAAAACUUCUGGAUGAGAGCCUUGAGUCUUGUGGCAAAGAUUCUUCGGUGUUACAAAAAGAACCUGCAACUGUGAAACUGGCUUUGCAGGAUUUUAUCAUCAGUGACGUAUCAAUAAAAGAUGAUGUUCAAACCAUGAAGGCAGAAAGUUCAUCUAGGAACAGUCAAAAUGAAAACUGUCAACUGCAGACAGAUUUUAAAAGCUCUGAAAACACACCUCAUGAAGCCAGUCCAGGAGACAGUGAAGAAAUGCUUCUACUGCCUAGGAAGAGGGCUAGAGAAGUGAGAAAAGUAGAAAAUGCAGAAGAACCAAUCGCCCCUAAAAGAGGAAGGAGAGCCAAGAAUGACCAAGUUAAGCAAGCUUCUUCAGAGGAGCUUCAUGCAACAGCAAGGAGGCUUCGUAAACAACCAUCUGCAAAAGUAAUACAGGAGGAUGAGCGGGCUUUUGAGACUGCUCCAGCAGAACUAUCUGAGAACAGAGCCACAGUUGAAAUGAAGAUAACACAAAAAAGAGUUAACUCUUCAAGAAAUGCUAGAAAACACUUGACAGAAGUAAAAUCUAACAUUUGUGGGAUGGCACCUGAAAAUACGCAGAACGUUCAGAAAAUCAAGGACACUUUGGAUGAAACUAUUACUGAAACACGGUCAUCCACCAAAAAUGAGAGGGAAGUGUCUCUGGGAGAUGAAGCUGAAAAUACUCAGGCAAAUGCAACAGAAGCAUCUCGGAGAUUAAAAGCGCAGUCACCUCCUGGAGAAACAAACAAAAUGCCAACUACUGUUCUAGUCUUGGAAUCAAAUAGCACAGUGCAAGAAACAAACAGAACUAGGAGCAGGAGAGGCAAGAUGGCCUCCUCAGAGCAAAAGACCGAUGAAUCUGCUAAAAAUGUAGACAGCUCAGAGCUAAUAACACCCAAAUUGAAAUCGGAAACAGAAAUGGAGGAAUCUGCUCCCAAAGAGCCUUCAGGCUGUGUUGAUGAAAAGAAGAUAGGCAAAAUAGAAGACCAGAACUACACAUCUGUCACAACAGUUACUGCUGUAAACAGUGACAGUGGUGCUCAUAGCCAUCAAGAGCAGACAGAAAAUGAACAGGCACUAAAAUCAAAGCAAAGUGAAAUUCUGCAAGAGAAUCAAACACAAAACAAUGGCUCUAUGAGGAGAAGAGGUAGAAUUAGAAAAGUUAAUUCUGAACUUGAACAAACCAGUUCCAAAGCACUUGGGCAAAAAAGGAAUUCAGCUGGGGACGAGGAAGGAAUGACUUGCAAACAGCAAGAGACUUCAGAAAAUCCUUCUUCUCAAGUAAGGAGGAGCAGAAGAAAGCAAGUUAAUUCCAUUCCACAAGUGACUUGUUCUACCUUUUCAAAAGAGCAGACCUUAAUUGAAGAUCAUGGUAAAGAUGAGACUUCUGUAAAAGACCACGAUCCAGCUUUGGAAACUACUCCCUCUUCAACAGAAGACAAUCCACCGAGACGGGGAAGAAGACGAAAGGUUGCUGUAGCAUCACAAGUGACAAGUUUUCUUUCUGUCAGAAAGAAACGUGGGUUGCAAGAAGGUGACGAUAAAAAGACGACUGUGAAAGAAGAUCAAAAUCCAGCUUUGGGAAAUGAAACUUUGCAGGCAGAGACAAAUGCAUCAGCAAGGGACAAAAGAAAAAAGAUGGAUCUAGCAGCAGAGGCAAAAAGUUCAUCUUCUCUCCAGGGGAAGUGUGGCUUGUCACAAAAUGGUGAUAAAGAGGCAAAUACUAAUGGAGAAAAAAAUAAGCCUUUGGAAUCAGUGUCCCUCACAAAAGUGAACCCAUUAGGAAGGGGCAGAAGGAAAGAAGCUCUGGUGUCACACACAACUAAUUCAAUUUCUCUUAGAGGAAAACCAGCUAGCAGUGUUAGAGAAGAGGCUCCUAAAGAGGAUAAUGUUCCUUUAGAAACUGUUGCUUCAUCUCUGAAAGAAAAUCAGCUGAGAAGAGGAAGGAGGAAUCAAGUGACCUUCUUGUCAGAAGCCACAAGUUCUGCUCGGGAAACACACAGCUUAUCAAAGGAAAGUGGUAGAAAGAAUAAUCAUAGGGAAGCUAAAAACCUGAUUUCUGAAAAAUCUGCUUCCCAAGAAAAAAUGGAUCUUUCAAAAGGCAACACGAGGACAAAAAAUAGCACUUCACAGCCUGUUAACUCCAGGUCUCUUCAGGGCUUGCCAGAAGAUGGUAAGAAUGAAUCCCCAGAGAAACAGCAGAGUAUGCUUCUGGAAAUAACUCCACCUUCAGAAGAAAAUCCAUCAAGAUUGGGCAGAAAAAAAACAGUUUCUUUCAAAUCUGAGUAUACUAGUUCCAGUUUUCUCAGGGAAAAACGUACCUUCUGCAGCAAUGGAAGGCAAAAGGGAAAUCUUAAUGAAGGUGAAGUUACAUCUGUGGAAAAUAACUCAUCCCAGGAAAACCGUAGGCAGCUGAGAAAUAAGAGGGAAAAGGUAGAAUUCAAAUCAAAGGCAGCUCCUUCUACUUCUCUCCAUGAUAAGGGCAACUUGCCAGAAAAUGAUAACUCUUCAGGAACUCAAAAUAAGUGUUUGGCAUCUACUGGCUUUGAGAAAAACAAGCAGCCUAGGAAAGAGGUUAGCCCUGCUCCACAGCCACCUUCCACUUCUCGCAGAAGAAAAUGUCAAUUGCCAGCACCCAAUGUCUUAGCACCCAAAAAGUUAAAAUCAGAUAAUGAUGAAAACAGAUCACCCAAAAGAGGAAGAAGAAACAAAGCCAAAGAAGAGCUUGACGGAACGGGUGUAAAAGCAACUCGGAAUCCUGGAGGAACAGACAGGAGAACAAGAUCAAGCACAAGAACCAGUGCAAGAACCAGAAAAUAGCCUUCACAGUUUCAGAAGCAACUUUAAAAACUAUUCAGUAAUUGAACAAGUUUUUAACAUGAAUUGAAUUGCACUUGGGUUUUAAAUUCAGGUUUUGUAAAGCAAUCAUGAUGUUACAGAAGUGCUUCACUUGAUGUGUUUACAGAUACAGCAUAGAUACCUGUUCUUAGUAGAUCUGUCUGUAUAGUGGUUCUUAAACCAUGGGGUGCUUGUGCAGAAUGGCAAAUAUAAAAAUAAAUCCUUUUUAAUAGUAUUUAUCCCCUUCUUUUGAUCAGUACAGCAGUCAGGAAGCCGUGCUGCUUUACAAUCCAUUUAAUUGUAAGCUAUUUUCUGCGUAGUUUCAUGUGCUUAAGUCUUAUUUUUCAUUAAAGUUUUGUAAAUAUUCUUUUUUAAAAAAAAAACCUAUAGAUUUAUUAGCAAAACUGCUAUGUUGAAAUGUUUUUUAAAAGAAGUGCAUUUUAAUGGGAAGAUUUGUAAUUCAUUAAAUUUGUAAAAAAAAUAAAUA